AUGCCUGUAGACUACAGCAAGUGGGACGCCCUCGAGCUCUCGGACGACUCCGACAUCGAAGUGCACCCCAACGUCGACAAGCGCUCCUUCAUCCGCGCAAAGCAGAACCAGAUCCACCAGCAGCGCCAAGAGCGCAAGCUCCAUAUCGAGCAGUACAAGUACGAGCGCAUCGUCAACAAUGGGCUCAUCUCGCGCAUCUCGGGCUUGCUUUCGGCCCUCCAGUCCCAUGCUGACGAGGCCAAGACCAAAAACCCGGCCGAGGUUGCCUUCAGGGCGGUGAUGGAGUCGGCUGCGGGGUUGGAUCCGAAGGAUGACAUGCCGCCUCCACGGCCGGAGGCGCUGCAGGCGGCUGUUGGGGGGGAGCCGCUGCCGAGUUAUACCAAGAUGAUGGCUACGUUGCUUGAUCAGGUGAAUAAGGCUUUGGAUGAGAGGGGGGUGGGACAGGAGGGGAGGUAUGAGGGGAUGGUGGGGGAGAUUGGGGAGCAUUUGAAAAAGGUGGAGGAUUUGCAGGGGGAGUUGGAGAAGAAACUGGCGGAGUUGGAACGAGAGGAGGCGAGGAAGAUUACUAGUGAGGGGAUUCAUACUGGUUUUGACUCGACGCAUAUCAAUAAAUCGAGUGGGGGGUCGAAGGCGGAGGGCGGGGGGGGUAAAGAGAGUGGGAAGGUGGAGUUGUUGAAUCCGAAUUAUACGCCUCCUGAGGCGUUGCCUGCGCCGAGUGAGAAGGAGGAAGGGGGGGACGAUGACGACGAGGAGGUUACGGCUUCGCCGGCGGCGGUCAAGUUUGCGAAUAUCAAGUCGAGUGAUUAUAGGGAGUCACAUGCUUGGUUGAGCAGUCAUCCGGAGAUUUUGACGGAGAAGGAGACGGAUGGGAUUUUGGUCAUGGCGUUUGAUGCGCAGCUGGAGAACAGGUCUGAUUACGCGCGGAACUGUGUUCAUCAGGCGUUGCUUAUUCAGUACUGUCGGGCGUUGGGCAGGGAUGGGGUUGCGUUGUUCUUCAAGCGGAUUACUACUCCCGGACACAAGGCUCAGGAGGUCUUUUACAAGGAUGUGCAGGAUACGUAUAUGAAGAUCAAGAACAGGUCGAGGGAGAUUAACCUGCAGAGGGCGAAGGAUGAGGCGGAGGGGAAGGGGGAGGGGGUGGAGCAGAUUCAGCUUCAUGCGGUUGAUCCGGGGACUGUGAUUAACAUCAGGAUCCCGCCGAAGGAUAGCGAGGAUUUGGAUGUACAAGUUGGACGGGCGAUUUUUGAGAGCUUCACGCUCGAGAUGCAGAAGGCGCUGGAGACGGGGAGUUUGGAGGAGGUUAAUAAGGUGUUGGGGAAGAUGAGUGUUGAGGAUGCGGAGGAGGUUGUUGGGAAGCUGAGUGAGUCUGGUUGUUUGAGUGUUGAGGAGGAGGUCAUUGAUGCUACGACUGAGGAGGGCAAGCAGAAGAUUAAGAAGCUGGAGCAGGAGGCUAAGGAGCAGGAGAAGGAGGGGCAGGAGAAGGAGGGGCAGGAGAAGGAGGGGCAGGAGGCCAAGUAUGCUGAUGAUCCGGAGUGAAGGGGGGC